AAUUUUUUUUCACAGGGGUAAGACCCAAGAUGUAUUUAACUCUAUGGGAUCAAUGUAUGCUGCUGUUUUCUUUAUUGGUUUUCAAAAUACAGCAUCAGUUCUGCCUGUUGUAGCCGUUGAGCGUACAGUAUUUUACAGAGAAAGAGCUGCUGGAAUGUAUUCUGCCUUCCCCUAUGCCUUUGGACAAGUUUGCAUUGAAAUGCCGUAUGUCUUUGUGCAAGCUGUUUUCUAUGGCGUCAUUGUCUAUGCUAUGAUUGGAUUUGAAUGGACAGUAACCAAGUUCUUUUGGUACUUGUUCAUCACGUAUUUCACUCUCUUAUACUUCACCUUUUAUGGUUUGAUGAGCGUUGCUGUUACUCCAAAUCAACAUAUUGCACAAAUUGUCGCUAUCUUCUUCUUUGCCAUGUGGAAUCUUUUCUCAGGAUUCAUUGUUCCGCGACCUCAUAUGGCCAUAUGGUGGAGAUGGUACUAUUGGGCUUGUCCUGUUGCCUGGACUUUGUAUGGUUUGGUUGCAUCACAAUUUGGAGACCUCCAAAACAAAAUAACUGAUGAUGAAACAGUGGAACAAUUCUUUAGACGUUACUUCGGGUACAAGCAUGAUUUUCUUGGAGUAGUUGCAGUUGUGACUGUUGCAUAUGCUGUUGUUUUUGGCUUCACAUUUGCUUUGGCUAUUAAAGUAUUCAACUUCCAGAAAAAAUAGAAGAUUUUAUACCUGCUGAAGAUCUAUAUGAGGAAAUUGAAGAAGAGAUCGAUUAUAAAACUCGUGUAUACAGGUUACCACUUGAAGAAGUAUACAUAUAUAUGUUCUGUUAGUAUUGGAUCUAGUUACUAUCUUUCAGAUACUUGGCCAAUAUAUUUAUUUAGCCAUAUACUGAUUGAUUCACUUUCUUUCUAUUUCAAGACAUCAGUUGUAGUAACAAUUGUGAAGCACAUUUGAGUAAAGAGAAUUCUUCCUCAGA